AUGACUCGUAUCAAGGCUCCCUCGGCCCUCCCAGACCUGGUCAAGUCGGCGUUUGCAAAGGCUCGCUCGGAAGGGGAUCUGCACUACUACCCCACCCAGGUCACCGUCCUCAAGGCCAACAAUAUCCCAUUCCAGCUUCGCUUCUCUCCAGCACUGGCAAACAAACCCAAGGCGGCGCCGAAGGAUCACUCCAAACCCCUCAAGCCAUUCGACCCGUUCGCAGACCCUCCCGCGGCUCUCCGCAUCACGGAUGUGAGCUCGACACACUACGUCGUGCUGAACAAGUUCGCCGUUGUCCCAGAGCAUUUCAUUCUAGCGACCACAGAGUUCAAGCCUCAAACUCAUGUGUUAGAGGAAUCGGAUCUGGAGGCCACACUGGCGUGUAUCCAGGCGUACGAGCCAGCACCAAGCACCGAGGACGAUCCAGGGCACUACGAUGGUAACGGAGGGAAUAGAGAUGGUCUCUUUGCCUUCUUCAACUGCGGAGAUCACUCGGGGGCCAGCCAACCGCACCGGCACAUCCAGCUGCUGCCCAUCGCGAGAAUGAAGGAAGACCUGGCAGCUGACAGCCACUGGACCGUCCUCGCCGACACCCUGAACUCCAAGUCCGCUCCUUUCACUACAUUUGCUGAGAAGAUUAGUCUAGAAAUGCCAUCCAAGGACCUUCACGCCGCCUACAUUCGCCUCUACCGACAGGCAUGCCAAGCCGUGGCCGCACACUCAGGCAUCACUCACCUCGAUGAAGAGAUUUCCGCAGAGGGCGAGACAAGAAUGAGCUACAACAUGGCCAUGACCAAGGACACACUGGUCAUCUGCCCGCGCUUGGCAGAAGGAGCAAAGAUACUUGGCGAGGAUGGAGAUGUGCUAGGGACAUUAUCGUUGAAUGGGACAGUUCUGGCGGGCACGGCGUUGGUCAAGAAUAACGUGGAAUGGGAGGCACUCAAGAAGGAUCCAGAAGUAUUACUACAAGUGUUAAAGACCAUUGGGCUCACGGAUGAAUGCGUACUUGGGAACUCGGUUCGACUCUGA